UCUUGCACGGUUACAAAAUACAAAUGUUUGGUCAAGAAUAUCUGCCCAAGAUUUCAAUCUAACGGUUUUAAUGUAGUAAAGUAAAAAUCGAGGAGAGGGGAGUACCAGUACUGGUACGGACUAUAUUGCCAUUGUUUAACUCAGGGGUGACUGACUCACUGAUGAGAGGUCAGGGCUAGGGCUAUAUUAGGCAGGCGAGGUAUAAAGAGAGAACAAAUGUAAACAGGGGCUGGUUUUAAUGUCGCCAACGUCUGUUCCAGUAAUCAUAAAUCCACUCCACUAGCUCUCGGGCCUCAGCCAAUAGAAAGAGUAGAGUGCCACUCUGCCACUCUUUCCUCUUUCUGCUGCUACCCUUCAACUAAACCCUCCUUUUUGAAAUGCUGGCUCCCGACCAAUCUUCAUUCCAUGCAACGAAGACAAUCGGCAUGGCAAAACACUCAUAUCGCUGCAAAAUUUCCUCCUCGCUCACCGACGCUAUUCUCUUCGUCGGAGGAGUCAUGGUGGCCCUGCUACUCUUCUGCGCUCUCUGGUCCUCCAUCAUGCCUGUUCCCAACCCUACCCCUACUUUCUCUUCUGCUGUCACCCGGCCAAAGCCCUCUGUCUCGGAGGUAUUCGCCUCAGAUGAUUGCGCCCAAGUUGUUGUGUCAAUGAGGGUAAACCGAAGCCACGACCCCUCUUCUCCCACAUUCUAUGACGACCCCAACCUCAGCUACUACGUCGACAAAGACAAACCCAUCAAGAACUGGGACAAGAAACGGCGUGAAUGGCUGAAGCACCACCCAUAUUUUUCCCCCGGAAUACAGGAGCGAAUUCUCCUCGUGUCUGGAUCGCAGCCAUCGCCGUGCCAGAACCCCAUCGGCGAUCACCUCCUCCUGAGAUUCUUCAAGAACAAAGUGGAUUAUUGCCGAAUCCAUGGCUACGAUAUCUUCUACAACAAUGUCCUUUUGCACCCCGAGAUGAAAACAUUUUGGGCGAAGAUUCCAGUGCUGCGAGCCGCGAUGAUUGCUCACCCGGAGGCGGAAUGGAUAUGGUGGAUGGACUCGGACGCGGCGUUCACGGACAUGGAUUUCAAGCUGCCUCUGGAGAGGUACAGGGAACACAACAUGGUGGUUCACGGGUGGGAGAAAUUGAUAUACGAGAAGAAAAGUUGGGUGAGCCUGAAUGCGGGUGUGUUCCUCAUUCGAAACUGCCAGUGGUCAAUGGACUUUAUGGACGUGUGGGCGAGCAUGGGACCCCAGACACCCGAUUACGACAAGUGGGGGAAGACCCAGAAAUCAGUACUCAAGGACAAGGUAUACGCAGAGUCGGACGACCAGUCCGGGCUGGUUUACUUACUGUUGGAGCAGAAGGAGAAAUGGGCGGAUAAGAUUUAUGUGGAGAGCCAGUACUACUUCGAAGGGUAUUGGUUGGAGAUCGUGGAGAGGUUGGAAAACAUUAGCGACAGGUACGUAGGGAUUGAGACAAGUGCGGGAGAGCUGAGAAGGCGACAUGCCGAGAAGGUGAACGGCUACUAUGCGCAGCUGAGGGAGCCGUAUCUGAAGGAGGCUGGGUUCGGGUGGGGGAGCUGGAGACGCCCCUUCGUCACCCAUUUUACUGGCUGUCAGCCCUGCAAUGGAAAUCACAACCGCAUAUAUUCGGGGGAGAGCUGCUGGAAGGGAAUGGAGAAAGCGCUGAAUUUUGCAGAUAAUCAGGUAUUGCGUACCUUCGGCUUCGUGCACGGUGACAUGCUCGACUCUUCCUCCGUUUCUCCUCUGCCCUUUGAUUAUCCUUCUUCUGCCUAAUUACUUGCUAUUAAUUAACUAGUAGCUAAAAACAGAAGAAGAAGAAGAAGAAGAAGAAGAAGAAGCGGACAAAUUUAAGCUACGUUGUGUUGCGUUACUUGUCUAAUCCCUGCUUGUUUUAACUUACUGGAUUGCUGAGAGAUCGAACCGAGGUUUUGCUUAAUAAAUUAAAUGAAACUGUAUGUGGUCAUUGGUCAGACCAAGUUGAUCGAGAGGGUUAGAAUGAGGAGACUAAAAGUAAAAAAAAAAAAAAAAAUUACUUUUUUAUGCUCGAAGAAGUAGUACGAAAUUAUUUAGUAGUUGAUGAAUUGUACUUUUUUUUAUGUACUAUAUAUUGGAACAUUAAACAAUUGGCACGGUUAUUUGUAAGCUC